GAUAACCACCAUACGUACGAUCUUUGUGAACGAAUCAUUAAAAAUAGUAUCUCCGAUCAGGCUUUCGAAAGUUUUCAAUGAUCAUGUGUCUAUGCAGAUAAUUCACGAUCUGAUUAGUUAACUCUAUUAGAUAUAAUUUAAUAUUUUUUUGUUUAAUUGUGUACAAAAGACGUCAUCCUGGAGUCCGGACCGAUAAUUAAAAGACGAAAGUGUGAAGUGGUUCGAGAUGUGGACGGAAUGGAACCUAAAGAUCUUACUGCAUCUAGAUCUCUAUACACAAGUACACAGAUCAAAAUCAGCAAUUCACCGGCCACAUCGCCUACCGUUUCACACAACAGCAAUUCACCAUCACCAACACCGGUAGUGCCGACUACCGGUUACAACCACAAAAUCAUAGCCGGCAUACCAUGUGUGGCAGCCGCAUCUAAAUACACAGCUCCCGUUCAUAUAGACGUUGGCGGCACCAUAUAUACGUCCUCACUGGAUACUCUAACAAAAAAUCCUGAUUCAAAACUGGCGAAAUUGUUCAACGGUAGUAUACCUAUAGUGUUAGAUUCUCUCAAACAACACUAUUUUAUCGACAGGGAUGGCAAGAUGUUCAGGCAUAUUCUCAAUUUCAUGAGAAAUUCUAAGCUUUCAUUGCCCGACAACUUCACUGACAUCGACUUGUUAUUAGAAGAAGCUAAAUACUUCGAAAUCACCCCUAUGUGUAAACAAUUAGAAAACCUGAAACGAGAUCGAAUGAAAUACAACCGAACCAACGGUUGGGACUCAAACGGCCCGAGCCGACCCACAAGCAGCCUUUCCGGCAUCAAGGACCAGUACGAGUGCGUGUCCGUUCACGUAAGCCCAGACCUCGGGGAACGGGUAAUGUUAUCCGGCGACCACGCAGUUCUGGACGAAGUGUUCCCGGAGACCGGGCACUCUGCACUGGAACCAUCGGCCGGUCGCCCAGCCGUGUCCUGGACCCCCGUAGACUCGAGACAUUUGGUCCGGUUUCCGUUGAACGGAUACUGUAAACUCAAUAGUGUGCAAGCUAUCACCCGGUUGCUGAACGCGGGUUUCACGGUGGCUGCAAGCACGGGCGGCGGUGUACACGGCCAACAGUUUUCCGAGUACCUGUUCGUUCGCAAAAUGUCCAACUGACUUUCAUUAGACGUCAUUACUUGGGUUCAUUGAUCGAAAAAUAAAUGUACAGGAAAUAAAUUGCAAGACCAAUUACUUCACACGAGAUUAUAAAUAAUGUAAGUAUGCGUAGAUCUCUUGCAUGCAUCUUGGGCACCAGUUGAAUUAUAGACAUCUCCCAAGUCCUAUCAACGAAUAUUUAUGUAUGACUAGUUGAUGCAAAUAUUAUACUGACACUUUGAAAUGUCACGGCAUGAAUAUACAUGUAGGUAGUUAGACAUUGUGGUUCUUAUAAUUUAUAUACUUUGUUUAUAACUGCAAGACAUUGAAUAUGUUGUUCUCAGACUCGUAAAACAUAGAAACGUUCACUUUAGAGCGAAUAUAACCGAAUGUAAACGGCAAUUUACACUUAUCGUUUAUACCAUUCCGAACUAAUGAACGGCAUCUACGCAGUUACAAAAAUAUAAAAGCUAUGUGUAGAACAAUCGUAGUUUUCUUUUAAUAUAAUAAAAAUUAUUAAUAGUAUGCACAUACAAUGUUCAAAUAUACGACACUAUAAAUAUAUU